AUGACGGCAGGACCUGCUAACGACCUUCUGGAGUCCCGCUACCAGUCGGUUCUUAUGCCGUUCCAGAACACUGUUGAGAUGGCCGAGCUAGCGAAGCUCAAAUAUAACCCCUUUGACAAGGAAAUAGACAUCCACCAGUUUAUCGGAAAGGUUAACAGCCUGGCAGACAAAGCAGGUAUCGACAAGGACCUGCAUAAAACCACUCUCUAUGAGCAUAUCCCUGCCGACCUUGACACCCGUCUGCUGAAGGAUUCUAAGGAUUUGCGCAUCUCUUACAAAGAUUUUACUGCUUCUGUUGUCGAUGCCGCCGUUGCUCGUUACCAUGCUCAGGAAGAGAGGAAGGAGCGCAAACUAACCCGCCGUGAGCCGUCUCCCCCAGAGACCAAACCCAGCCGCCGAUCUCGCGGGUACCGCGAGCGCCGCAAGAUCAAAAAGGAAGUCAAGACUACGGCUGUGCCUGUCAAAGAGACUCCCUCUCUGUUAGAAAAAGAGAAGAGCGCUCUCAUGGACGCCGGACUCUGUUUUUUGUACAAGAAGCCUGGUCAUCAGUCUCGCCAUUGCCCCGAUCGCAAGAUUAUCGCCAACAUGCUCCAGGCAUUUGACCACGAGGAAUCUGACGCACAAUCAUUGAGCAUCGCUGAGAAUACUCCUUCUGAUUCUUUUUCUGAUUCAAAAAACUAA